AUCUAUUCAAACACUGAACCAGUUAAUCUUAGCCUUUUACAAUCGUUCAAGUGAAUCCCUGCAAAAUGAAAUUCCUCAUGAUAGCAGUUUGUCUUUUCGGAGCUGCUUGGAGCGCCGUGACAAUUGACGGAGCAUGGAGCUCAAAUUCUGUUGACGACCCACUUGUUGUUGAGUUGGCUGCUAAAGGUCUUGAUUAUGAAAACCGUUACGGCAACAGUUUUAAUUACAAGAAACUGAUUACCAUUAAAGAAGCUAGAGCUCAAGCUGACAAGGUAUCGGGAAUAAAUCAUGAAGUUAAACUCUUGAUUGGCCAGACUGACUGUGCUAAAUGGAAUGCCAAUGCUACUUCGUGUGAAGUGUCUCCUAAUGCAACCCCUGAAUUAUGUACCUAUGUUAUCUGGGUAUCACCAGAUUUACAUUGGAGAUCGCUCAUGCAAGCCUCUUGUGAAUCUGCUGAAUAAUCUGACAACCAAAUGAACUCUUCAACCGUUUCUUGAUUAAAAAAUAAAUUUCCCAGAAAUUCAGGUCAAUGAAGCUAUCGACACUGAGUUUCUUUCUAAUUAUCUAUUGUUUUUUCCCAUUCUUCUUAUUAAACAAGAUUAAAAGUAAAAUAAAUAUAUAAUUUUAUUGCAAUA